UGGGCACAGGUGGGUGGCACUGGUGGGCACAGGUGGGUGGCACUGGUGGGCACAGGUGGGUGGCACUUCUGGGCACAGGUGUGUGACACUGCAGAGUGGCACAGGUGGGGGGCACUGCUGGGCACAGGUGGGUGCACUGCUGGGCACAGGUGGGUGCACUGCUGGGCACAGGUGGGCGGAACUUGUGGGUGGCACUGCUGGGCACCGAUCAUCAGGGCACUGAUCAUCAGUGGCCCUGAUGAUCGGUGCCGAUCCUCGAUCUGACAACUGCCGGUUCUCGGCAGUACUUUCCUCACGAUCUGACAGCGUGAGGAAAGUGCAGCCGAGAACCGGCACUUGCAU